AUGAACACCCUGUAUAAUGAACUGAUAAUGACUUUACCGAUAUGGUUUUGAAUUUUUUGCAAUUUAUCUUUCAGUUACUUUCCACAAGUAUUCCACAAGGGCGAUGGAAUUAACAGUAAUCAAAGUAAGUAACAGUGUGUAAUGCUAACAUGAGAUUAGAGAGGGUUACAGGGGAUAACAGUGGGUUACAGGAAAUUACAGCGGGUUAGAAGGGGUUACAGGGUUUUACAGGAGGUUACAGGGGGUACCAGGGGGUUACAAGGGGUCACAGGGGAAAAUAGUGGGUUACAAUGUGUUACAGGGGGCUACAAGGGGUUACAGGAGGUUACAUGGGGUUAAAGGGGGUUACAAGUGGUUACAGGAGGUUACAAGCGGUUAUAGGGGCUACAAGGGGUUACAGGAGGUUACAAGAGGUUACAGGGGGUUGCACGGUGUUACGAUGGGUUACAGGGAGUUACAAGGGGUAACUGGGGAUUAGAGGGCGCACAAGGGGCUACAAAGGGUUACAACAGAAAAUUAGGUAACUACUCUAGCCUUACACAACAAAAGCUGAUUUCUUUUAAUAGAAUAAGCAGGAAGUUGGUGUUUACUAUCAAAAUGAAAAUUGUUUCAAACCCUUAAAGAGUAAUAUAUAUAUUGGGUAAAAAUUUACACAAUGCAGGUAAUUUUACUAUGUUUGAUGGUGUGAGUUUCUGAGAAUAACUUAGUGUACUAUAAGUUUUAAACAAUUAAUUACCCAUACAAAUUUAAAGAUCAGAGCAUUGUAGCAAAAAGCAAAGACUUAUUUUGCUUUUAAAUUCAGGGAGUGAUUGUGCUGAAAGAUUGUUACAGAGCAUUUAGAGCAUUGCAACACUACUCUUAAAACUGUGUUUGAGGAAAUUAGUUUUUGGCCAUGGAAGUAGUAGAUCAGUUUUAAGAUGGCUAAGAUUAUAGUUGGUGUUACUAUUGUUGAAUUUUUUAAAGGAGGUACUCAGAUUCAGGGGGGGGGAGAUUAAUUUUUUAGGAUUGUGUACAGAAGGGUAGGUUUAUCAUGUGAGCGCCUGGUUUCAAGGUUUCCAAUUUCAAUUUUUCAAGAACACGUCCCUAUUCAAUAUCAUUAUGACCGGGUGUUUAUUAGACAUGAGCGACCUGAGAAUUCUCCAGUUACUACACAGAAAUCUCCCACUAAUGUUUGGUAGCCCUUCACUAUUGUUUUAGUUAGACGUACUGGAGUCUUUUUCAAAUUAUUAUUUUGUAACGUUUUCUUUACUCCUGCUACUAGAAUUCUUAAAGAAAACCCUGUGUAAUGAACUGAUACUGACUUUACCCAUAUGGUCUUGAAUUUUUUGCAAUUUAUCUUUCAGUUGCUUUCAACAAGCAUUCCACAAGCACGAUGGAAUUACAACAGUAAUCAAAGUAAGUAACAGGGUGUAACGCUUACAUGAGGUUCCAGAGGGUUAAAAGGGAUAACAGUGGGUUACAGGAAAUUACAGGGGGUUACAAGGGAUAACUGUGGGUUACAGGGGAUUACAGAGGUUACAAGGAGUUAGAAGUGGUUACAAGGGGUUACAGGGGGAUAGAGGAGGUUACGUGGGGUUACAGAGGGUUACAGAAGCUUACAAGAGGUUACAUGGGGUUGCAGAGGUUACAGGAGGUUACAGUAGGUUACAAGAGAUUACAGGGGUGGGGUUAUAGGGGGUUACAGUGGGUUACAAGUGGUUACCGGAGGUUACAAGAGGUUACAGGGGCUUACAAGGGGUUACAGGGUGUUACAGGGGGAUACAAAAGGGUACAGAGGCUUACAAGUGGUCACGGUGCGUUAGAACAAGAAAUUAAGUAGCUAGUCUAGCCACACAGAACAAAGGGUGAUUUCUUUAAAAAAAAAUAAGCAGGAAUUUGGUGUUCACCAUGGAAAUACAAAGUGUUUCAAACUGUUAGAGGGUAAUUAUUAAUUUGGUAAAAAUUUACACAAUACAAGUAUUAUUGGUAUGGUUUUUGGUUCGCGUGUUUUGAGAAUAAGUAAGUGUUCUAUACGUUUGAAACUAUUAACUACACAUACAAAGGAAGGGAUCAGAGUGUUGUAGCAGAAGGCAAAGAGGCAGUUUGCUUUUUUAAUAUUAUAGUUGGGGUUACUAUCGCUGAGUUUUGUAAAGAGGGUUCUCAGUUGGGGGGUAGAUUAACCUGGAGGAUUGUGAUUGAUUAGAGGAUAAGCUAGCUACGCACCUCAAAAGCUAAUUUCUUGAAAAAAGUGUAAGCAGGAAUUUUGUGUUCACCAUCGAAUUUCAAACAUUUAGAGAGUAAUAUAUUGAUUUUGUAAAAAUUUACACAAUUUAGGUAUUUUUACUAUGUUUGUUGGUGUAAGGUUUUGGAGAGCAAUUAAGUGUACUAUGAGUUUCAAACUGUUAAUUACACAGAGAAUUUUAAAGAUCAGAGCGUUGUAGCAAAAUUCAAAGAGUAUGUUUACUUCUAAAUUCAGGUAGUGAUUGUGUUGUUUUUUGGCCUUGGAAGUUCUAUAGUGGGUGUUGUUGUAGUUGAGUUUUGUUGGUUAUAAUAAUCCCAUUCGAAACUGGUCAGUCCCUAGGUAUACCACUAGCUCAACCCACCCAUAGAUUAAUCCUUGAGGAUUGUGUACAUAAUUUCAUUUGUUCUUUUUGUCCCAGUUGUCCGAGUUGCUCUGGUUGUCCCAGUUGUUGCGGCAGUUGUGUUGGUUGUCCCAGUUGUCUAAGUUGUCCUGGUUGUUUCUGCUGUCCUGGAUGUCCUAGUUUCCUCGGUUGUCGUGGUUGUCCCAGUUGUCUUUGUUGUCCUGGUUGUCCCAUUUGUUGUAAUUUUUCUGGUCUAUGCUAUCGUUUUCAUAGUCGUGGUUGUCCCACCUUUCCCAGUUGUUCUGGUUCUUCUCAGUUUUUGUUUUUGUUUGUCUUAGUUGCGUCAGUUAUCCCAGUUCUGCCGGUAAUCCGGCUGUUGUUCCUUUUGUCACUGUUGUCCUUGUUGUCCUUGUUAUCAACGUUUUCCCUGUCAUCCUGGUCAUCUCGAUGAUCCCAUUUAUCAGAGUCAUUCCAAUCAUCUAGGUCAUCUCAGUCAUCCAGUGAUCCCAGUCAGUCAUCAAGUCAUCCCAGUCAUCCCAGUCAUCCCAGUUGUACGGGUUGUCCCAUUCAUGUCAGUUGUCUCGACCAUCCCAGUCGUUUCAAUUUUCCUGUUCACCUCGGUCAUCCUGGUUAUCCUGGCUGUCCAUGUUCUCCCAGUCACCCAGGUUGGUUUAGUUAUCCCAGCUAUCCUGGCUAUUCCAGUUGUCCUGGUUGUCCUUCACGUCUUGGUUGUCCAGGUUGUUCUGGUUGUGUUGUUUGUCCUGGUUGUACCCAUUGUCCCUGUCAUCUCAGUGAUCCCAUUGAGCAAAGUCAUUCCAGUCAUCCUUCCUAGUUGUACGGGUGGGAAACUACCUUUUGUUCUUUAAACGGUUAAAAACUUAACGAAAGAAGUGUUUUGUUUCAUGAGGAAGUUUAUUUAGGUUAAUCAACAAUGCUUCAAAAGUAUACUGCUGGUAGGCUUCACUGCAGGCUUAAUUUUCAUUUUAAAAAUGGUGGCCUCCAUGCUGCAUUUGUUCCGAGCAGGGUAAUAUCAAAUUUCAGCUUUCUUGAAUUAUUGUUAGAAGAAUACCAUAAAAUAGUAUUGAAACACACUUAAACAUUUUUUAAUAUAGCAAAGUGGAUUAGACUAAUUUUAGGAAGUGAAAAUAUAUGUUUCACUAUCGUAUAUGUAAGUCUUCUGAGUAAGAAAGAAAUUAGCUUUUUUUUUAAAUUUAAAGAACUGGUUUUUAGCGUUCAAAAUUAAAACGAUAACAGUACAGAAUUUCAGAAUAGCUGACAAAUAACAAUUAUUGAAAACAACCUGCACUUCCAAAAGUAACACCACAUGCAUCUUCUCCACACUGAAGUUCGUUUCAGAACACCCUUGAUAUCAUAGAGUGAUUCCAAUUAUUAUCUUUGAUCAGCGACUGUGAUGGAAGGAGUUGAUGAUCAUAGAGACUGAGCCUGUGAAUAGCAACCUCUGUCAGGUAGUUCUCUAUCUUGGAAGUUUUUACAUGGAGAUGAGUUUCAUUGGUAGCAUCGGGCACCUAAUGGCAGAAUCUUGGCUAAAGGAAUUUCUGGAAUUGAUUACUAAAGCUAUUGCAUGCAAUAGCCGUAAAAGCUCAUCUCCUCCUUGAUGCAGCCCUUAAUACCCUUAUCCUUUCUAAAGCCCGGAGAGUGUCCAUUCCUGAUCUUGAAGUAGAAGCUAAUGCCGCUGAUGUGAAUGGUGCAAGAGCUGAAGAGGAGGCAAUGGAACCUCUCAGAAGCUUGUGUUCUGUACGAAGAUUUAAUAGCUGGAGAGAAAUCAGGGGAAGAAGUUGGCUCAGUCAGUGCAAUCAGUGAGAUCAAACAUCUCCUCCAACGGCAGAAGAAAUCCCUACGAGACAAUCACACUGCUAAAACUCUGGUUGCAGUACAUCAGCAUGAUUGACAUUCUGAGAAAAUUUAUCAAAGCAGAAUGUACUGGACACUGGUUACAGCAUCUUGAAGCUCUUUCUGAAAUGCUUCCCUAUAUGAUAGCUUCUGGUCACAACCUUUACAGCAAAUCUGCUCAGUUGUACUGUAUUGUAUCCUGUUGUCUACCAAAAAGCAGUUGAUGGAUUCCGCAUAAUAGGAAGAAGUGACCAAAAAUAGGAGGGGCUAUCCACAGACCUUGUUGUAGAGCAGGUGUUAAUGCGAAGCAUGAAGAUGAGUGGUGGCUUAACGAGAGGAAGAGGGAUGACAGAGCAACAGUGGCUGGUAGGCUCCUUUCGAUGCCAGUCUGUGCUGAGAUGAAUUGUGCCAUGCUGGAUAUCAUAGGAGUCUCUUACAGUACCAGCGAGCAAAAUAAGGACAUUUCAGAGUCUAAUGCUGAAGCACGUCAACGUAAUUUCAAUAAAGGUGUAGAUGUAGAUGGAGAUGAAGAUGUUUGAAGGCCUAUAGUCACUAACACUACUUUUAUUAAAUUUUUGAAACUUUUCUUAUCAAAGUACCCUUCAGAAAAAAUCUAAUUCUUUUUAAAACAGACCUUUUCUAUUGCAAAUAGAAUUCAGCCUUGUUUUCAUGUCACUGGUUCAGGCUGCUAUAUUGACCUGAAUUUUUAGUGUCUUCCCAUGCAUAAUUUUCCUAGACUUUUUUAAAAUGUGUACAUUAAAGAAUCUUUCUUAUUCCAAAACUGAAGAAAAACCUUCUGUUGCAAUUAGUGACAGGUCUAUCAGUACCUUGACUGGACUACCAGGGAAUCGCAGUCAUUCCAGUCAUCCUAGUCAUCCCAGUCAUUUCUCUCUGUUAUUCCAAUCUUUCCAGUCAUUCCAGUUCUCUUAGUCAUAUUUUCUCUAUUCAUGUUAUUCCUGUUGUCCCACUUUAUAUAUAUCUGCAGAUUAUGACCUUUGACUUUUGUCACUCUCUUUUAAUUGUAUAUCCUGUGAUUUCUGGUUUUUUCAGCAUCACGAUCUGGUGACUUGAUAGCAGAGGAGUCAGAGGGAUUGGCAGAACCAGGUUUAACAUGCUACCCUAUUUCUUUUUGAGUUUUUGCAUUUAUGAGAACUGUCAAGACCUCGAUCCUGUCAUCUCCGUUACCCAUAGCUUAGUUACCCUGUCAUAUUUCAAUUUUCUGUCACUCUAACAUUUUCCGUUAACAAAAUGAGCUGUUGUUAGCGUACAUUUUAGCUCAUCAUUCAAUGCAGCAAUGGUACAAUAGAUAGUUUUUGUUUGCAACAUUGAUGUUAGUUGAUUUUUGAUAACUUGAUGGUAGUUACAUUUUAAGUUUUACAGUGAUACCAAGCUUUCAUGUCUUUUUAGCCUACUAAUGCCAAUUCAAGAGGACACAACUUUUCAAUCUACCUCUUCUUCUUUCUUUUAGCGUGCUAUCUCUUUCUGUAAAAGGAUGUGAAAUAGGAAGAAGGUUAAGGUUAAGCACGUUGUCUCUCUUGCCUUUUCCAUCAAUGAAAAAGAACUGACAAAGAAAAUAAUACUAGAAUUAAUUUUACUCUCUCUUCUGACCCCUGGGUGUUUUUGACAUUAGCUUUUUUUAUCUCUGCACAGUUACUAUCUUGGAGCCUGGAUCCAGACCCUGUGUAUUUCUUGCAUCUCUGUUUCGCGAUCUCUGCAAAAUAUCAUCAGUCCCCUUGCAAGAGUUGUUUCAAGAAAGAAAUGCUUUCCAAUGGAUGUUCUUGCACUAGAAAGCGUUGGAUGCAGAAAUGCCAUAAGCAAGGAACUGAAUACUCUGGCUUACUAUGAUCCAAGCAAAGAUUUUAGUUACCCUCCAAGUGAAUGUCUAAACAAAGGAUAUAGGAGCUACUCUACUUCAAGAGAAGAAGCCUAUUGCAUUUGCCAGCAAAGCCGUAACAGUUGGUGCGAAGUCUGUAAAAGAUUUUACCAACUUAAUGAAUGUAGAUAUAGAUGUAGAUGCAGAGUCACCAUAUGCUAACUCCAAAACAUGCUAA